GCGAACCGAGCAAACUGCAAAUUGCAAAGCUGCAAGACAAAGAGACAAAACACGGUUGAACGGAAGUAUGGGAUACGGGAUACCGUUCGAGACUUUAGAACCGAGAAACCGAUGAUCGCCGAGUUUUUGAGUCGUGUCGAAAUAAAAAGAUUUCAAGUUUUGAUAUUUCUACAAAAACUUAGUGAUUGAACAAUCAUCAACAUAACGUUACAUUCCACCCCAUAUCAUUCCAACACCCCACAUUCCAUCUUCACAAUCCACUCACAUCAGUCCCCACUGUCAUCCAUCAUCCAUCACACUUUCCGCUUAUCGGGAUCAUCCAAUCGUCCAAUCGUUUCACCGUCAAAUAAAUAGUCCAAUCCUUAUCGUCAGAUUGUCAAAUCUUCAGAUCGACCAUCAUUCAUCCACCAAUCCAUCAUCGUCCGAUCCAGAUUUUUGUCCUAGCCGUUUCGUCCAAACUAGUCUCAGUCGUCAAGACAACAAAGUGACCCCACUCGUCCCCCCGCGCCUAUCGCGCUUACGCAUCCAUCACCUAGUACACGGUGUGAUCAUGUCUACGUACAUCAACUCGAGGCCAAUGUCUAAUCGUACUCCAAGCGGUAGUGGUACUAGAGAUCCCUUUCACUUUACAUAUCCAUCUUUCCCUGCUCCACUACCUAUUCCUUCAUCUAAAUCUUCUUCUUUCUUAUCUCAACAACAACCACAAUCAUCUCAAUCUCUUUCUUCUACAAACGAUUCUUUUCUUGAAGAAUUAAUAGACGAUAUGACACUUUCAGUUUCUGUACCCAUUCCACCUUCUUCACCAGCGGUACAUACCCCUGCGGAAUAUCGUAAUCCUUUAGACUUUCCCGUUACGCCUAAACCUGCUCCGGAGAUUGUCAAGAGGGAACCUAUGUCCCGUUGGCCAGAAUUGGACGCUUUGAUGUGGAGUAAUUUGAAAUGGGCAGAAAGGGUUAACGAGGCUGAACCAAAGUUUUUCGAGGCUACCACCGAAGGUCAAGCCCCUAAAAUACUUUGGAUGGGAUGUGCGGAUUCCCGAGUGCCCGAGACGGUGUUACUCGGUCGCAAGCCCGGAGACGUUUUUGUACAGCGCAAUGUCGCGAAUCAGUUCCAACCUGAUGACACUUCGUCCAAUGCCCUUCUAAACUAUGCUGUCAUGUUCGUCGGCUGCACGCACAUCAUUGUCGCCGGUCACACAUGCUGUGGAGGUUGCAUAGCAGCUUACGAAUCACCUCGCACCGGUAACCCCGACACUCACCUUCACAACUUCCUCGCGCCCAUCAUCAAGCUUCGUCACGAGCUACCGGAAGAAUCUUCGGUGGAUGAUUUGAUAGAGGCGAACGUCAAGCUCAAUGUGGAGAACGUUGCCAACUCUCAGACGAUGCAGGAAGCAUGGGGUAAGGGAAUGCAGGUCUACGUUCAUGGCUGGAUGUACGACCUUGGGUCUGGUCGAGUUCGAGAUCUUGGCUGUACCAUGGGCCCUCCGCCCAAAGAGCCAUCUGCACAAAUCUCAACCCCCGCCAUACCAACGAAAUUGUAAAUGAGUUCAAGAAUAACAAAACAACAACAUGUCAACAAGUACAAGUCCCAUCACGGUAUAUCACAAAGUAGAGUUUCACCCCCGGUUCAUGCAUUUCAUGUCAUCAGUGUC